AUGGAACGCUUAAAUAACUUUCAUAUCAGGGAUCGUGUUUUAGUACCUGAUACAUCAUUUCAGCAUUCCAGUGCCGCUACUAUACAGCAUGGAGCUGCAGCUGCUCGUGAAGACCCAAAUGAUCUCGGUCUCCAGGAACGUGCUUGGUGUCCAGAUGCUAAAGUCGGUACAGAACUUCGCGAAUUCAUGGAAAUUGAUUUAGGUCGGCAAAGCAUCAUCAAACUGAUCAUAACUAAAGGUCGAGUAGCCCAAAGCAAAGGUAGACAGACAACACCAUAUUUCUAUAUAAAAUAUCGUCGUGAACUGACUGGUACGUGGUUUGACUACGAAAAAGAAAAUGGUACAAAGCGCCUGGCUGGAAAUCAGGACGCUAUGACAGAAAACUUUAACACAAUGGACCCCCCAUUUGUAGCACGUUACGUGCGUAUUUAUCCAUUCAGCUUGGAGCCAACGAAGACAUGUUUGAAGCUGGAGUUACUGGGCUGUGAAGCAAACGGUAUAGUAGAAUACAAAGCACCUGAAGGAGCAUUACUGCCAGAAAUUAUCUCCUCUAGUCAUCAAAUGUAUGGUAACAGCCAUUCUAGUGAACGUACUCGUCUACUGGACACAUCAUACGAUUCAAAGUCACAUAAAUUUCGCAUAUUCGAUAAUAUGCAGAAAGAUUUUGGUGAUGAAAAGGCAUAUCAAACAAUCAUUGAAGGUGGAUUAGGCAAGCUAACUGAUAAUGACACAGAAUUCAAGGCAAGCACAAGUCCUUUCUCAAGUCAUAAAUUUGUUGGUUGGCGAAGAAAGAUGACAUCUAAAACAAUAAGUACUACUACCCUAUCAACAGAAUCAAUUGUGGAUUCAAUCACCUCGAAUUAUAAUGCAGAAAUGGAAUAUGAUUUUAUUCGUAUCAUUUUUCGAUUUGAUAUGAUUUACAAUUUCUCUUCGAUACGGUUAUAUGUUUCCAAUGAUUUUUUAGUUGGCUUAACUAUACCUCGAAAUAUUACAGUUGGAUUUAGUUUUCAAGAUCCUUCUCUAUCCUAUUACUAUCGUGGACAUCGGACUAAACACAGACGCGACCAGCAAAAGAACCACCACGAAAUCUACAAACAGAAUACAGAUUCACGUUGGAUUACACUACCAAUACACGAAGUAGUCGAGUUAUAUCAUGGAAUACAGUCUGUUUCAAAACACCAGUCAAAUACUCUUGGUCAUCUGUAUAACAGCAAUAAUAAUAGUGAAUCAAAGAAGCCAGAUAUAUUUGGAUUGGGAGAGUUUGUGGAGUUGAGAAUAUUUUUUAACAGCCAGUGGUUAGCUGUUGGAGAAAUUUUGUUUGAAAACACUCAAAUGUCCAACCUGAAAUUUAAACCAGAGGAAAUGACUGCAUAUGAAAUUGUUCGACAGGAAUCUCGAAGUGCAACUACAGGCCUUCCAUAUUUACUAAAUCAAGGUACAUCUACUUUAGGCUAUCCGUUAGGACAGACAACAACUUAUGUACUUGCCAUCAUUUGUAGUCUGUUGGUCAAACAAAGGUUUUGUGAUUCUACUCAGUUUGAUUCUAAUUCAUGUGUAAAUAAGUCAAGCACUCAGAAUGCUUCCUUACUAGCAGAUCAGGUGAAGAUUAACAAUCUUAUGAAUAAUACAACUGUCAGUACAAGUAACAGUGUAUCAGGAGACAUACAGUAUCAAUUUCAACAUCCAAAAAGAUGUCAAGAUGUAAACACAGGACUACCCAGUACAACAGCUUACUUAGGUGGAUUUCAGCUUCUCACUACUAAUGGAAUAUCUCCGAUCAGUAUUAAUUUAACAACAAACUCCAUUCAUCCAACAUUUCAACAAGCCGGAGUGGAAAAUAAAAAUUAUUCAGCACACACAAAUCUGCAGAAUAAUUUGUUCAUUUCGUCAUCUAAUGAAGCCAAUACUAAUUUAUCCCCAACAAGUAUUUCCGGUCCAAACAUGUAUGGUUUGAAUGGUUCAAUACCUGUUUUGCCAAUUAUGACACCAAACUUUAUUUCUAGUGGAUCUAUUACUUCAAAUUUACACGGAACCUACCUUAGACCGAAGGAAGGCGUUUUUAACAAUACCGGCUAUCAGAAAGCAUUUCAUGACAAUUCAAUUUAUACUAGUCUACCUGGAUCAGAUUGUGAUUCACAACCAUAUGCAAAGGUUGACACACUUAAUGGAUCAGUUAUGAGGCAGUUUAAUCUCAAUAGUUCUAACUUAGAUCCAUCUAAAAUCAACAUUUCUUUUAAUCAGUGUAAUGGAGAAAGUCGAUUAUUUCAUCCAAUUAACUUACCCCCACCUCCAAGUCUUCCAUUGCCACCAACCCCUGAACAUUUAACUACAGCUAUACAAACAAUAAGUUUAAGAAAUAAGAAUGAAGCGAACCAUGUAUCAAACUCAGUACGAAAGAAUGUGAACAGUGCAUUUUAUCAACACAAUUCUGAUGGAAAUAAAUCUAUUCCAAACAAUGAUACAUCUACAUGGUUAGAUACAAACAGUCAGGUGAUAUCGACGUCGAAUCCCUUAUUUGAUACCAGUGAAUGCGUAGAUCAAAUGAAUUUAAAUGCUAUAAAUAAUUCACAUAUUUUCUCAGCUGUUCAAAAUUCUGACUAUUCCAACUCAACAACUAAUGAUUCCAAUACUUAUAGCGCUUACUAUGGUCCACCAAAUGUGCUUCCUAUUUCAGUUCCUACAGUUCAGAUGAUAACAAUCAAACGCUAA